AUGGUCCAAUUAGCCCUGUUCCUCAGCCUAGCUACCUUGGCGGUAACUUCUCCGCUGGCACUCGAAAAUCGCCUUAUUGCCACACGUUCUGACAAACCAAGCGAUAACGUUGCCGACUACUGCACCUGGGAUUUGUCUACGGUUAAAGGUGCUGAGGAAGCUUGGAGACAGACAGAUGCACGAAUUCUGCUUGACAGCUUUGUUUCGUACAGAAAUAAGGGCCCCGACAACUGGUUGAAAAACUUCGAGAAAUUCAUUUUCGACGCUGAGGAUGGUGGCGGCAGGACAAAAGCCGAUGAUUGCGCCGUCAUCGCAACAGGAGCCCAAUGCCAACCCGGUCACGGUUUUACUUGCGCCGAGCAUUUCAAGAAUGUCAAUAGCACCGAAGCAGUGGGUCUGUGGCCAAAGGUUGCUUACUGGAUCUUUACCGCUGCCCAACAAGUGCACGUCAAGAUCAGCCGAAUCGAUCACGAGAUUCAACGAGAAGGCCUCAUAACUGGUCUAAGGAUUGAGCAGAUGUUGGAGGAUUUCGGCGCCGAGGCUGCAAAUGACAGCACCGACGUUUUGGGCUGGCUCUCUGCUGCCUUUGGACUCGUCGGCACUUUUGCAGCUCCCAUACCUAUUGUCGGCACCGGUUCUAGCAUGCUAUCAGCCAUUUUCGGCCUGAUUCCUAACCCUCAAGGGGGAGAGAAAUCUAUCGAAAGCAAAGAUAUCAGUAGUGCUCUUGCAGACUUGUUGGAAUUGAGCUCAAAUCAUCUGAAAACCAUGUUACGCCUCGCUAUGGGCGCGGCACAGGAGGGCGAGGAUUACAAUAUGCUUCCGGGUUCGGAGGCUUCUGAUACUCUCUCAACACCGAUCGCCAACUUUUUUGCGAGUGGGUGGUGGCUUAUCGAGAACGACGAGGGCCCAAUUGAAGACAUGGUUCGGGAAAUGAGGGCUAACAUCCGGAGGAAGGUUGCCACUAAUAUCCUCAAGAGCAAGGAUGUUUACCUUGUCGCCAACCUCAACGUCGAGUCUCCGGAGAACUGCGUCAAGGUUGGAAGACACUGGUUGUACCAUGACAACAAGCCGCGCUGCUUUCACCUUGUUCAGUGCGUUCAGCUCCCAUUCGACAAAUUGCCCAGAUGUGGCGAUCUUAAGGCGGAUUUCCAUGAUGUAAAAUUGCGGCGCCAUGAGCUUGGAAACCGCAUUCCUUGGUACAACUCAAUGCUCGACUGUGCUAGGAAAGGAAACGUAAAUAAGGAGUUGGAUCUAAGCAGAACUACGGAUGACGGCUCGCCCACUUGCUUCUUCAACUUACCAGUUUAUUAUGCUGAUUUUGGUGAGAAGAAGGAGUGUGGCCAAGGCGAUGGCUUCAAACACUGGUCUUGCGACUUAACUUAUCUCUUCCCUUACUAG